AUGCAUUUAGCUCCUAAGUCAGCUGUCUUUAUUAACUGCACCAAAGAUGAAAGAAUAGCCGUUCCCAGCGAAUGUGAGUUUUUUAUUCAGUGCAUUAAAGGUGAAGCAACCAUUCGCUUCUGUCCUUAUCUGCAUCACUAUAACGAAGAAAAGAAAAGUUGCCUUCCACAGUGUCUAGCCUAUUGCGACCAGACAUUAGCUGAAGAAUGUGGCUGGAAAUCAAAUAAUGCGCUCAGAACAGACUACAGAUGCAUUAAGGAUGGAUUACAUCCUAACCCUGAAAACUGUGAAAGCUACGUUCACUGUUAUGAUGGAUUGCCGAAGCCUUACUCUUGCCCUAAAGGACUGCAUUUUAAUGAAGAAACAGAGCGUUGUGAGUCACCAUGUGAUGCCCAUUGUGAUGACAAUCUGACGGAAGAAUGUGGCUGGAAGGCUCCUUAUUUCAGAUGUCCUUCCGAAAACGGUGAUUUUGGAGACUUACACGAUUGUUCCAUUUAUUAUUCCUGUGAAAAUAAUAUACCGAUAAUUCGAAAAUGUCCAACUGGAAAACUUUUUCAUUACCUUUCAAGAAAAUGUGUGGACAAUUGGCAAGCUAAGUGCAUCUUCCAUUGUCCAGAAAAAGACGGCAAAUUUGCAUAUCGAAUCGAUUGCCGAAAAUAUAUUCAGUGCACAAAUAACCAUCCUGUGGUGAAGCGAUGCCCUCCAGGGGAAGCGUUUGAUCCGAGCAGACUUGAAUGUGUGGCCAGGGAAGAAACUUCUUGUGCUAGAGGAUCCAUUCAAGACCACAGCAGGCCUCAUUUUCGCUUCAGAUGUCCUGCACCUAUGGGAAUGUUCCCUAACGUAGAAGCAUGUGACAUGUAUUGGGACUGUGUUUAUCUUAUUCCUAUGUUACGAUCCUGCGGAAAAAAACUCUUCAACCCAGAGACCAGAAAAUGUGACGAACCAAAUAAUGUGUCUUGUCCUCCAUAUAAAUCUCAAAGAAAGGUAGUUUGCUACUUCGAAAACAACGCCGCGUAUCCUAGAGUUCUGACACCAGAAGAUAUGGAUCCUUACUUGUGUACCCAUAUUCACUACACAUACGCACAUCUAGAUCCCAAAACUCUGCGGAUAAUUCCCUCCUUUCGGAGUCGUGAUAUAUACCUGCAUUUUUAUAAACGACUCAUAAGCCUUAAGAGAAUGAAUCAAAAUCUUAAGAUACUCUUGAGCUUAGGAGGCUGGGAAGACAGUCACAAUACUGAGAAAUAUUCUGAGCUGAUAGGUGACUGUAAAUAUUGGAUUCCGUUUGCAAAAGAUGCCAUUGUCUUCUUGAAGAAAUACGGAUUUGAUGGACUUGAAAUUGAUUGGGAAUUUCCAGUUUGCAGUGUCCCACCUUGCAGUUUAAACAGCGCACUGAAACGGGAAGAGAAAUUAAAUUUUUCUUUUUUCCUAAACGUUAUUAGAACAGUGUUCAACGAUGAAGGAGGGAGGUCAUUGAUUCUAUCAGUAAAAGUAGCUGGCAAACCAGAUAUAGCUAGAGUGGCUUAUGAUGUGGAAACUAUCAGCAAAUCUGUAGAUUAUAUUGUCGUCAUGGUGUACUUACUACCAGGGGAAAACCAAACUGUAACUAUGCCUCCUUCGAGAUUGUAUCCAAGAUGGGAACCCGGUCAUUUGUUUGAGGAUGCGGCUUCCAUGAUGCAGUUUUGGAGCGAACAAGGAGUUCCGCGACAGAAACUGAUUUUGGGCGAAAGAGCGACCGGAAGAAGGUACCGCUUACAGGAUGAAAAAUCUCAUGGCAUAUAUGCUAAUAUAUUACCGCAACCACUACCUAAAGAUAUAAGUUAUUAUGAAGUAUGUGAGCUUUUAGGUGAACCUCACUGGAAUAAGGUCUAUGAUGCAAAUUCUGGACCUUACAUUUACAGGAGAGAUUCUUGGAUAGGUUAUCAAAAUCCGAUAUUUCUAGAUGAGAAAUCUGAUUUCGCUUUCUUUUUCUAUGGCGGUAUUGCUCUGACUAGCUCAUUAUCUGACGAUUAUUCUGGACACUGUUGUCGCAUUCGCAAUCCCCUCCUGAAAGCACUUAUCUACCGUUUCCUUGAGCUGGGAAGACCACCAAGCACAUUUGGAUGUCCAUAACUGAAGAAUAUAUUUCAUAAGACUAACUUAAGUACUUAAUAAAUAUUUAUUUUUGAGACGAAACGUGUAUACUUCAAUAUUCUAAGAACGACCGCAGCAUAACAUGUUCUGUUAUAUUCUUACGCAUUUUCAGUGAACAACAAA